ACAGGGCCUUCCAUUUGGCAUACACAUUACCAGUUACCAGUAGCAAGGCAAGUGCGAUUUAAAUUACCGGUAUUCACAUUUAAAAAGAUAAAUUGUGAAGCUGUAUUUGAGAUUCUGAUAACUGUAAAGCGCCAAGUGUUUAAAUGUACAAGUUAUGGAGAACAUCACAGCAUCACCUAUUAUGGAAUUUGUGACGAAUGAGACUCUCAUUAAGCAAGUGGCUAUUAACUUCUUCAACGGCAGUGUAGCGAAUGUAUCAAACCAGAGUGUACUGCACCAAGAGACACUCUUCGAUUUGUACGAAGCCUACAGGACGAAGGAAAAGGAACAGUUGAUUGCGUACAAAAUUGUGGCGUACGUUGUCGGUACAUUGAUAAUUCUAAGUAAUUUAAUUGUUGUUAUAUCGAGUGGCCUGAUACUACGACGAGGGCAGCAGCCCAAAAGCACCUACCUCCUGCUAGGAAAUGUGUCACUGGCGGACACCAUCAUCGGCGCGGCCAUCAUUUUCGAGGCUGUGGUUGACAACAACAUGGCCUCCAACCCAUUGUGCGUAUUUGAAAUUGGUAUGAUCGUGUGCCCGGCGAUUGUCUCCAUAUUCAGCGUGGGACUGAUAGCCGUGGACCGCUAUUUCUACAUACUACACGGCUUAUACUACCAAAAAUACGUCAACACUACAAGAGUCAGAAUUGCCAUUGUUAUCAUUUGGAUGAUUGGUUUAAUCCUCGGGUUCAUGCCGGCCACCGGAUGGGUCAAUAACGAACUAAUAUACACAAGAUGUUACUACCAUGCACUGUUCCCUGGUGCACUCAUACUUUUAAUCUCCUUCCUAAGUUUAAUACCUAUCACACUUGUGACUAUACUUUAUUCUAUAAUACUAGUUCGUGCUCUUAAGACCGUCAAGGAGAUAAAAGCAGCUAGUAAACCAGUUAAUUUGAAUUCAAACUCAAAUGAAACACCAAAACUAAGGAGAUAUCGAGGAAAUAUCAAUAGAACUUUCCCGAAAAAACCCAAAAAAACCGCAAUAAGACGGUGUUCGUCUUUAAAUGCUAUUGAUAACUCGAGAAAACGGUUAUUUACAAGAAAAAUUGAAAAAUCUAAAAGCAUUGAUCAUCUUGAUAGUUUUAAUGGUACAGAUGACAGUUCUUAUAAUGACAAAGAAAUCGUUACAAGUCAAUCAGACACAGAGAGAAUCAGACAGAGAGACUUCAAAUUAGGCGUUUUCACUAUUAAAUCAAACUAUUCUAUAGCAAUCACCCCAUCUCCAAGUUCAAAGUCAAAACCACAUGCAAAUAAUGAGGUAUUGAAUAAGUUUUGUAAAGAAAAACCACCGAAGCCAAAAGAACCUAACAGAUGGAGAGCUAUAAUAGUAGUAAUGCUCACUACUGGCAGUUUACUAUUCACGUGGCUCCCCUACUUCGUUACUGUUACUUUUUUCGUAUUCUGUGAAGACAAAUUGACCAACCCUAGGUGUAUACAGUAUAGAAUUGCGCUGGGAGGUAGCAUUCCUACCUUAGCAUUUUUAAACAGCAUAUUAAAUCCACUUAUUUACGCAUGGUGGCAUAAAGGUUUCCAAAAGACAGUCCGAAAUAUGUUCAAAAAGUAUCGUGCCAAUACUUCUUAUGCCGCAUCCACAUACUCCACGAGGCUACAGGAGGGAACGCGAGUACGAGAGUGUGGACGGUGCGCCCUCGCCUCGCCUCGUGUCCCCUCGCCUUUCCUCGCCUCGCCUCGUGUCCCCUCGCCUUUCCUCGGCUCGCCUUGCUCCACUUUAGUGUAAACCGUUCGCAUAAAAAAACUAGUUCUUUACUUAUAGAUGACAGGAAAACCUAUUAAUGUGCAGUCAAGUGUGAGUCGGAUUUAAAGUUAUUUCGAAAAAAAAUUAAAGAUAUUUCACUCACAUUUUACAUAAAAUAAUACAUUGUUAAAAAUUGUGUAAUGAACGGAACGCGAGUCCGACUCGCACUUGACCGGUUUUUUAUUAACUAUGGUAUCUGAAGCUAUAUAAACUAAUUACAGACAUAGAUAUAUCUUAUCGUAUUGUAAGUACAAAGUUUCAGAGCAAUCUAGCUAGUCGUUAUAAAAUGAGAGCGGAACUACGUUUGUAUGGAGAACCGAGCUUGCCGGGAAUAGUUAGGACAUAUUAGGGCAGUCAAUCUCCUAUAUCAUAUAUCCAUGACGAAUAAUAUUACAGAGUACCUAAUUAUUAAUUUUAAUAUAUUGUUUAAUGACAGUUCUAUCUGUAUAGUUGAUUACCUAUUUAGAGAUAUAGUCCUAGGUAGCAAAAAUGACGUCAAAUGACGUCAGCGACGUCGUAAUGACGUAAUAAUGCCGUCAUUAUGACGUCGCUGACGUUCAUUUUACGUCAUUUUGCUACCUGCGAGUAUCUAGUAACAAGCACAGAGUGCGUAGGUAGGUCAAUAAAUAACUUAUUACAAAACUGGUUUCUUUACUUGUUAGUCCACAGACAAUCUGGAUUUAAACAAACUUAGAAAUAUAUUGGAAAUGUCUGUAUUAAGUAGUUUUAAAUAAAGGUACAUUCAGAUGAUAGAUCUUUGAAUGGGCAUAUAUUUUGCGUGUGUAAAUAUUUAGUAACAGAUUUACUCUUAGAAAUAUGUAUUGGAAAUGUAUAUGUAUGUAUUAAGAAGUUUUAAAUAAAGGUACAUUCAGAUGAUAGAUCUUUGAAUGGGUCUAUAUUUUGCGUGUGUAAGUAGUAAUAUUUAGUGACAACUUGACAAGCCUAGAGUGCCUAGGUCAAUAAAUAACUUAUGACAAAACAUUAUAUUUCUUUACUUAUUAGUCCAGACAAUCUGGAUUUAAACAAACUUAGAAAUAUAUAUUGGAAAUUUAUGUAUUAAGAAGUUUUAAAUAAAGGUAUAUUCAGAUGAUAGAUCUUUGAAUGGACAUAUAUUUUGCGUGUGUAAAUAUUUAGUAACAGAUUUACUCUUAGAAUUAUGUAUUGGAAAUGUAUAUGUAUGUAUUAAGAAGUUUUAAAUAAAGGUACAUUCAGAUGAUAGAUCUUUGAAUGGGUCUAUAUUUUGCGUGUGUAAGUAGUAAUAUUUAGUGACAACUUGACAAGCCUAGAGUGCCUAGGUCAAUAAAUAACUUAUGACAAAACAUUAUAUUUCUUUACUUAUUAGUCCCCAGACAAUCUGGAUUUAAACACUUAGAAAUAUAUAUUGGAAAUGUAUGUAUUAAGAAGUUUUAAAUAAAGGUAUAUUCAGAUGAUAGAUCUUUGAAUGGACAUAUAUUUUGCGUGUGUAAAUAUUUAGUAACAGAUUUACUCUUAGAAUUAUGUAUUGAAAAUGUAUAUGUAUGUAAUAAGAAGUUUUAAAUAAAGGUACAUUCAGAUGAUAGAUCUUUGAAUGGGCCUAUAUUUUGCGUGUGUAAGUAGUAAUAUUUAGUGACAACUUGACAAGCAUCCCAAGUAGCAAAGUGACGUCAGCGACGUAAUAAUGACGUAACAGUGACGUCAUUAA